GUUGUAUGCUCUUCGCAGGGUAGACGCCAUGGAAGGUGCCACCUUGUCAACCAUGUUUCAAGUCAUCGACGGGGAGCGCUAUAUCUUCUUUCGCGACCCAGACAAGGUGCGGGAGGCGCUUCGGUUCCAGCCACAAUCGGGAGACGUCGUUGAGGUGGCGUACCCAAAGUGCGGCAUGCAGAUGAUGCAACAGAUGAUACAGAUGAUCGUACACGACGGGCAUUGCGCCAUAGACUUGCGCGAGUUCAGUUCGAGAGCGCCGUUUUUGGAGGACUGUGGUGGAAAGUGGCCAGGAGAGGAGCCUUCUACCCGGCUCUUCCGAACGCACAUCCGCUUGGGUAGGAUAGCUGUCAGCCCUGAGGCCAAGUACGUGUACGUUGCACGUAAUCCGUGGGACGCCUGCCUCUCCCAGUACGUCAUGAACCAGAAAAUGCCACUUUGUCCGAUGCGGGAGACAUUCGACCAGUUUCUGGAUAUGUUUCUCGAGGGCGCUCUUACAAAUGGCUGUUAUUUCGAGCACGUCCUCUCUGGCUACACGCGACGGAACGAGCCUAACGUCUUCUUCACGACCUACGAAAGCAUGAUGCGUGACACGGCAACGACUGUGCUGGAAUUGGCUGAAUUUCUCGGACUGAAGUACGUCGACAGGUUGCAGAAAGACAACGGGAUUCUCGCCACAAUUGUACGAAACUGUACGCCGGACUUUCUGCAGAGUAUUCUCCAAAUGGAAACUCGUCAGAUGGUCGCCAUGAUGUUUCGCAGCCCGGCACUUGCUGGCUCGGAAUUGAAAGAAACAGACGUGGGAGAUGAAACUUUCAACCUGGUGUGCCGCCCUGAAGUGGGAGCAUGGAAGGAGGCUUUCUCGCAAGAGCAGCUGCGAAAAACCGUCGACAAAAUCAAGGAAUGCUCUGGAAAAGAUUUUGUGCCCGAGUUGUGGAGCAACGAGUGGCAGGAAGUUCUGCGUGCAGUCUUGUAAUAGGCUUACGGCUAGUUUCUUUUCUGUUCAACAAAAAUUUGGUUAAUACAAGUUUUUUAUAGAUGUUGAAGGACCAGAUGUCGUUGAUUGUCAACGGUGAUUCUGGGAAAUACCUUUAACGAAGCAUUGUUUAGGGCAACCGACACUGUGCGUGCCAGGCCGCUGGUCACACCGA